GAUUCUGAUGUACCUACAAGUUAUUUUGGAUUGGAUCCUGGAGCAAUGAAGACAAAAACUCCUUUUAAUAUAACCAAACUCCCUCACAAUUCAACACUUAUUUCGUUUAUCGCUUCCCAUGAGACUGAAUUCAGGAAGAAUUUUGUUCCAAGUCUUAUGGAACAUAUUCCUGUCGCAUCCUUCGGUGGUGUAAGUCAUAACACUGAUUGGAAUACUCAUCCUGAUUGCGAGAAUUUAGACUUCUUUGAAUCAAAGAAUUGUGUUCUUUCUAAAUAUCCUUUUUAUCUUGCGAUUGAAAAUUGUCAAGAAAAAGAUUACUCCACUGAAAAAUUUUGGAUUGCGUUCGAUUUGGGUAUCGUGCCUAUUAUAUGGGGUGCGCCUAAUACUCGAUCAUAUUUACCACAUCCUAAAUCUGCUAUUUUUAUUGAAGACUUUCAAGACACUAAGGCACUUGCAGAUUAUUUGAAAUAUUUAGCUAAAAAUGAGACUGCGUAUAUGGAAUAUCAUAAGUGGCGGACUAUGAAGUUAUCUGAUGGGUUUAAGAUGAAAUCGUACAUGAGUUAUUUAAAUUUUGAAUGCAAUGUUUGUAGAGAAGUUGCUAGGCUAAAGAUUGUUGAAGGGUAUAAUACGUGA